AUGAUUUCUCUAUUUUUUCAAACCAUUUCAAGCGAAAUAAAUACGCAAGGAUUAUUCGCAAAAUACUACAAUGACAAAAUUAUCAAUAUCGAAGUGAGCGGAUCCUCAUUGCAGUACAUAAAUGGAACAAAGCAAAUGACAAAGCCAGAAUACGCAAUUUAUCCAUGGGAUAAAAAAUACGAUUGGUGUUCAGAGUGUGCGCAUUCGUAUGAGGAUCACCCUUUUAUUACUUUCUCUAUUCAAUCAAAGAAAAUCAAAAUUAAUGGUUAUUUCCUUCGUGUUGGAUGCUGUUACGAUGGCUGCUGCUGUGAUGAUGGAUACUACAACUGCUUUGAUUGCUGUUUGUACAGUUGGUCCCUCCAAAUUUCGGAUGAUAAAAAAGAGUGGAAGACAAUUCACAAGGUCGAAAAGGAUUCUACCAUGAGGAUUUGCAGUGAGAAAACAUACAAAUUAGACGCCACUUACGUUGGUAAAUACGUUAGACUAUUCCAAGAUCAGCCAUGCCCUGGAUAUCCACCUUGCAUUGCUUUUAACAAGUUCGACAUCCACGGAUUUGCUGUUAAUGAUGAUGGAUCUGACGUUGUCGACGAAAAUGACCUUCAUGGCGGUGCAUUUCACGACGAUGAUGAAGAUAUCAGCAUCAUUGGUCACAUUUCUAAGAAUACUAAUGCAUAA